UAUUCACAUGGGACACUUUCCCCACACAAUACGACAUUUUACGACACUUUACACGAUCCACGGACCAUCACCGGAUCCCACGCAGCCUCCACAGGGCGAACAGCCGCGGAGGAAGGAACACCCUGUUCGCAAACACCGGGACCGGACCGGUGAGGUGUCCGGGCGCCGCUCAGCUGCUCUGACGUCGAGCACGCUAUCUGACGUCACCGUGGGAGUGUUCCGCCGUCGGGAGAAAUGAACGGUCAUCAACACAAUCCUCUCAGCGCCCAUCAUGUGAUUUUCCUAAAUGUCCUUGGAAACAGCUGACUAAAGUUUGACAGCUAUCUCAUUAGAAUUACCCAGAGAGCGUGGUGGAGGGAACCUGCUUGGAUUACUAAACCCUUUCCUGUGUUAAUAGACCCACCCUCAUCUGCUGAUGACCACAUACAGAGUCGAUCCUGAGUUGUGAGUCAGAAGAGGAAAGGCUGGGCUGAUGACAAGCAUGACAUUGAGCCAAGCCACAGAUGCAUGUCCACUCAAAAGGCCCAACUGAGCACCAUCCCCUCUGCUUCCCGGCUUUCAACCAGCCUCUCAGCAGGGGGGGGGGUGGGCGGUGUCAUCGGGGUGCAGCUAUUCCCUGCACCCCCAAGUAGAACUUCACUGUGAAACUGGAGGUCUCUGAUGGAUCAGGGUAGUAGUGAACAGAGUCCAGAUGAGCCGGACACAGGAGGCCGAGCGGAGCUGGAGGUGGGCAGGAGGGCGUCGGAGUCGGAGCACGGCUUGUCCAAAAUCACCCAUAAUGCCCUGGAGAACAUGGGAGCGUUGGGCCAUGGCCUCAAGCACUUCUUCCAGCCACAGCGCCGACGCUCCUCCGUUUCCCCACAUGACUCCGCCCUGUCCUGCGCAGGCGCCCCUCCUUCUGAGCCCACCGAUGUAGUGUCAGAACUAGGGGAUGCUCCGGCGUCCUCGGCCCUCCCUGUGGAUUCUGACAACCCUGCCGCUUCCGCCCCUCCUGCAGCUCUGAGCCGUGUUCUGCUGCAGAUCCGAAGUGCUCCACCCAUGAUGAAGCGAGGCACCAGCCUGCAGAGCCGCCGCAGCAAAGGUGGGGGUGUGGGGGAUGCUCCCCAAAAAGGGAGCCCCCAGAUCCACAGGCGCAGCACCCACGAGGCCCUGCUGCAGGCUGGACGCCCACGCUCCUCCUCCACCACAGACACACCGAGCAGCCCAAGUUUAGCUGACAUGCUGCUGACUUCUGGUUACCACUCCACCGAGGAGCCUGACAAGCUGGAUCGUUAUGAUGGAUCGGGCCCUGCUGUGUCGCCCAACGCCCUCCCCUACGGCGCAGACGGUUACGAUGUAGUUGACAGCACCCCAGACCCCCAGCGAACUAAGCAGGCCAUCGCGCAACUACAACAGAAGAUCCUCAAGCUCACAGAACAAAUCAAGAUUGAACAAACGGCGCGUGAUGACAACGUGGCCGAAUACCUGAAACUCGCCAACAACGCAGACAGACAACAGAGUGCCCGCAUCAAACAGGUGUUUGAGAAGAAGAACCAAAAGUCCGCUCAGACCAUCCAGCAACUGCAGAGGAAGCUGGAGCACUAUCACCGGAAGCUCCGAGAGGUGGAGCACAACGGCAUCCCUCGGCAGCCCAAAGAUGUUUUCCGAGACAUGCACCAAGGGCUGAAAGACGUCGGCGCCAAGGUUACCGGCGGCUUGUCCAGCUUCUCGCAUGCCACCCAUUCUGCAGCCGGAGCUGUUGUGUCCAAGCCAAGAGAAAUCGCUUCCCUCAUCCGUAACAAGUUUGGCAGCGCCGACAACAUUGCAGGCCUGAAGGACUCUAUUGAUGAAGCCCAGGGAGAUGAAGGUGUUGGUCCUGGGGCAACAAGGAUCCUUGGGACUGGACAGUUGCAGUCCAGUCCGAAGUAUGGCAGCGACGACGACUGCUCGAGCGCUACGUCUGGAUCUGCAGGAGCCAAUAGCACGACUGGAGCCCCUGGAGGCCCCUCCAGCUCCAAGGGCAAUACCCUCGAACAUGGCCAGGCCUCAGGCUUUGAUGCUGUUCUCCAUGAGAUUCAAGAACUUCGGGACAAUCAAGGUCGACUUGAGGAGUCAUUUGAAAACUUGAAAGCCCACUAUCAGCGGGACAAUACGAUGAUCAUGGAGGCCCUGCAAGAGGAACGAUACAGGUGUGAGCGUUUAGAAGAGCAACUCAAUGACCUAACAGAGCUGCACCAGAAUGAAAUUCUGAACUUGAAACAGGAACUCGCCAGCAUGGAGGAGAAGAUUGCUUAUCAAUCUUAUGAAAGAGUGAGGGACAUUCAGGAGGCGCUGGAGGCAUGUCAGACGCGCAUCUCCAAGAUGGAGCUGCAGCAGCAACAGCAGCAGGUGGUGCAGCUGGAGGGUCUGGAGAACGGCACAGCGCAGAAUCUUCUUGGGAAACUAAUCAAUGUGCUGCUCACGGUCAUGGCGGUCCUUUUGGUGUUUGUGUCCACUGUGGCGAACUGUGUCGUCCCCUUAAUGAAAACUCGAAGCCGCAUGCUCUCUACGCUGCUCCUCGUGAUCCUCCUCGCCGUCCUCUGGAGGCACUGGGACGCCAUCUCAGAGUAUCUGCAUCGCUUUCUCCUGCACCCCAGAUGACCGGCUGGGGCAGGCUUAUUUAUAUGAUGAAGGGACAGAGGGUUUGGGGCUGAUGUGCACGCUGACCCAUACAGGGAGUUGAAUCUCAAUCGUCCUACCUUUUCUUCUUCUCAUCCUGCAAACUCUCAAAACACCGAGCAGGAUUGCAUCAGAGGUUUGUCACUUUGUCACUUUUUUCGAGGAGUUUUUUUGAGAAGAAUAAAACAGGAUAACGGGAGGAAUGGUUGGAUGUUUGGAAUUGACUUUGUGGAGCAGUUGUGACACUGGCGCAUACUGGAAGGAUGAAUGGGUCGGAGUUGAAGGAGGGGCUGAGAGGACUGCACACUUGAUUUCUCUCUUCUCAGUGAAUUUGUUUACAUGUGGAAAACUUUGCAUCGUUUCUCCAAAGAAGAAAUUGUAAUUCAGAGUUUUACUAAUUUCGAGCCGAUUUUUAAUGGGUAUUGUUUUGAAGUCACUGCUAUUUUUAAGACAGCUGAUCAAUGGCUUUUUAAAUUUCUUUUAACUCUAAUGAUAUGACAGUGUUCUGCUAAGUUAGUUGUCCACAUUUUCUUUUUGUAAGUUCUCUCUCUUCUGGUCUUGCCAUUCUGGUUUUUUUUUUUACUCUGCCCUUUCUUUCCUCUACUACUCAGUCUUUCAAAAUUUUAGCUUGUGUGACCAACUCUUCCCCUUCGUGCUCAAUUCACUCUGAAGAAUCGGUUGCUCAGACUUCACUGGAUCAAAUAGUAGUGCUUUCUUGACUUGUAUCUUCAUGGAUGUGUGAAGUCAAUAACACUGGUUCUGCCACAACCAGGAAAUGACUAUCAACCUGUUGGAGUUGCGGCCCUGCCCCCCAGGGCGACCGGAUCCUACUUUCCUGGAGGCGUUUCCACUGCAGAAGAAUAACCUAUGAACUGAAUUACAUACUUGAAGAGCGGUUUAAGUGCUCAACGAAUCAGUGCUUCCGUACUGUUUCUGUUAGUGACAAUGAAAUAGUAAUACUUUUUAGUUGAUUUUUUUAUUUUUUAACAAAUAAAUUUGCUGUUUCAAAAGGUGAUUUUGAAAGUAUAA